GCAGGAGGCGCCAUAUUUACGAGCGAUGGCUUCCGUCACAGGUUUUGCAGAGACUUCAUAACCCUGUCAUUAUAAUUCUUGACCCUCCAGAUUCUUAAUAACUUUGCUAGACAACUAUUCGGUAAAAUGGAGGAGCUCAAGAAGAAAACCGAGGCAAUGUUGAGGGCAGUUCUAAUUAGCAGCCCUCGUGGAGUGCCUCUACGCCGUUUGAACAAGGAGUACAGUAGCAUUACUUAUUCGUCAAUUCCUCACCCAGAGUUGGGCUUUCCUACGCUGGACUCUUACAUUAAAAGCAUCCCUCAUGUAGCUGCACUAACAAGGGACGUGGAUGGAGAAUUUAUUGUAAAGGGAGUCGCUAGUGAAUCUGACCAACACGUUGCAAAAUUGAUCGCAAAACAGAGGAAACCGAAAAAGCGUUCAAAGGGUGCAGCUAACCCUUCUAGAAGGCCUCAGUCAAGAAGGCCUACUAUUAAUAGACCAUUAGCUUUAAAUAGAGCUAUAGGUGCUACAAGCUACAGACCAGUCACUGUUUCCAGUUUGACUUACCGUGCAGCUGCAAGACAUGUGGCACGAGCUGUUGCUAAAUCAGUAACACCGGUGCCUGCAAAUACAAAUACUUUGAUUCAGAGGCCUAUGGCAUCUGCUGCAGCACCUCGGAGUAGUGUUACACCUCGGUUUGUUCCCCCAAGGAUGAUGAAGCAGGCUGUAAAUAAGGCUGUCUCUCAGCCCGUCAAUAAAACUUCACCUCCGCGCGGAUUCCCAGGAAAGGGACAAGAGAAUCUCCAAGGUAUGAAAUACUUGGAUCUUGAUCUGUGUGCACAUCAUCCAGGGUAAUUUUACAAAUGAGACGAUCCAAACGUAACCACAACGCAACCCGGGGGAGUUAUUUGGGUUAAUUUUUUCUGGGUAUGUGCCGCUGGCCUGUCAGUGCCCCUACGCCAUUAUAGUCUAUUUUGUGGCCAAUUGAAGACCCCAUCUUAGUCACUUUUGGGCAAAUAUGUAAUUUUUGCGAUGCCAACUUAGUCACUUUCUGUUUAUGUAUCUACCUUAUCAAGCCAGUCAUCUUAAAAUGAAUUGACCCAUUUUUUAAUAAAUUGAAUGAAGAACACUUUACUUUUCACCUACACUACAAAAUUAAUAUUCUGGUACGAUUGCUAACCGUAAAUAUGAACUUUCUUUCCCCAAAAAUCCAAAAAUGUGCAAUCCCAUUCUAGUAACUCUAUUGAAAAUGCAACCCCAUUAUAGUCAAUCCAGUCGUGAAAAUGUGACCCCAUCCAGCGGCACAUCCCCAUUAGCCUCUUACAGGCUGUAUGAGGAAGUGCCCGCCCCACCCCCCUGGGCAACGCAACCAAGGGAUCUGGAGUAAAUUUAAAGUAGAGGGAAAAAAUUAUUUAAGGAGGCGACAUUAGAUUAGAUUAAAGUCUGCUCAUGUGUGGGGUUAGGUGUACAGUAAGUAAGUAAGUAAGUAAAGACUUUAUCUUAUGAGGGUUAGCACGAAAUAGCCGGGGCUAAUAAACUUGUGGCCCUCUAAAUAAUAAAUAAUAAAAUAAUAAAUGAGUAUACUAAGCUAUGAAAAAAUACAAGAUUAAAACCAAUUAAGAAUACAGAUACUAUAGAAUCUACUAAAUUAUUUAAAAGAUAAAAUAUAGCGUUAUAAUCAUCUCACAGUUCAUCAAGUAACUUAAAUAGAAAAAUGAUCAAGAUUCUGCUGUUGUUUAUAAAAUUCAUUCCACAAUGCUUUUUUUAAAGAGUCAACUGAGUCCCUUUGCCUUACAGGCAAAGAUAAGCUGUUCCACGCUUUGCAAGGGGGAGAUCAUCCCCCUUCUACCAGAGAAGCCAGGGAGACUUCUUAAGCCUAGUUCAAACGUUGCACUUUUCAUGUACUGAACUUACUUGUAAUUCCUAUUUAGGUCGACCAGAUUCAGUCAUCAAACUUAAUCAGUCGGACUCAAUUUUCAUGAUGUACAAUAGUCUACGAUGCUUACCACUGAAAAUAAAUUAUAGUAAUUUGUGGAUUAGGUUUGGCACUUGAGAAGUUUGAUGUUUGAAACAAAGUCGCUCAACAGUCAAAAUUCCUGUGUAGGCCACCCUAUCUUAAUUCAUGGGUUGACCCAAAUUAGAUAUGGAGGAAUUAAACGAUUUAUAUGUUGAUCUCUUCAUGUACUUAAUUGAAGGGAUGGGGUUCGACAUUUGAACUGGGCCUUUGGGAAAAUUGAAUUUUUGGGGCCCUAAAAAGUACAAAUGGGUUUCAUUUUAUUAACCCUUUAAGUCUUAAGAGCGACUAAUACCAAUUUUCUCCUAACAAUAUCAGCGUAUAAUCAAUUAGAAAGGCUACAGGAUGAUUAAAAUGAUCAGUGAAGGAUUCUCUCAACCAAUUUUUCAAAGGAAUGUAUGGGAGUCAGUGUGGAGAAUUUGUAUAUUGAUCAAUAGAAGAAUUUUAGCUCUAAGGAUGGCCUCUUUAUUUACCCAUUGAGUUUAUGGGAGGAGUUUAAAAUAAUCACAUGCAAUUAAUGCAUUAGGUUUAAAACAUGUGAAGAUCACUGCACAUAAAGGAAUCAAUAGUUGCUGCAGUGUAAGAUGACAAAAUGGCCCCCUACUAAAUGUCUUGUGCUCCUUGAAGAAUUUAUCAAUAAUUAUUAUUAAACCAUUGACAAUAGAUGGGAGUGGAGAAGGUGCCUGGUGAAACUGAAGGGAGCUGCAAAAGCCCUGUAAAAUUGCUAAAGCCCUGCUAAAGCCCAAGACCUCCUCACAUGUUUAGCCACAUUUAGUGCGUACAUUUAGCCACAUUUUAAUAAUGAAUAAUAAAGUUAUUUUAUUAAUCAUCAGAGGUAUGUCUAAUCAGUAGGUAGCAGUGAGUCGCAUGCACACCUCUGAAGACCCAAUACAGAAUAAUUAUCUGGGUCUAUGAGUGAUUAAACAGUAGAAUUAACGCACCUAGCUCAUAAAAAUUUCGUGACAGUGGAAAUCCACUAGAUUUACAGCUGUACCUACAUGUAAGUGUAAACUGCCAGUUAUAACCAAACUGAUUUUAUUGUUGUUCCUCUGAUGUUAGUUAGGUCGUCAUGUGGUGGGGUGUUUGAAUCAGGUAUAAAUAGACAAAAAUAGUAUGUGACGCACAAGAAGAUUAAUUUGAAGCUGUUCUAGAGCCAGAAGGGAUGAGUGGGUAGCACUAAAUGUUGGUGACACUGCAAACAUCUUGGCUUCACACUCUGCUUCUUGUAUUUUAGAAGAACUGUCUUCAAAGAAAUUUAAGAAAAAGAAGCCCAAGAGCUCAGGUACAUUUAGCUUGCUCUAGGCAUUUAUAAAGUGGGGCAAACAGAGUCGCACAGAAAGUAAAAUUUAUGAGUGUUGAUGUAAAAGGACGUGCAAAAAUUGAUUGCUUCCUUUUUUCCACUCACAAUGCUUUCUCUGUGUAACUCCCUGCUAUUAUAAAUGCCUGUAGUGGGCUAAAGUACUCUAUUAUUGUCAAUUAAAGAAUAUACGCUUUGGAACGAACAGGUUAUGGGAGUGCAAAGUUUUUACAAGCUCUAAAGGCAAAAGCUCUAAAGGCAGGCUGUAACUCUAUCUAGGGGUGUACCAACGAUUGAUUUAGGCGAGUGGGAAAACUUAAGGCUGGUAUGCAUAGCAUCACUAUUUCUCCUGUUAUCAUAGGGAUCAGCGCAAAGCCAGUUCAAACAACCAUGGUUACUAGGAACACCACAGUCAUUGAAGAGUUUUUCCCCUAAAACUGCUGCGUGCAGCUGCUGGACUUUUUUUUUCAGUAUUCAUAAUAUCCAUAGAGAGGAUAGGGAAGCCAACCUUUACAUUCAGGUUAUAGAUCAGUAGUUUGUACCUUGUGAUUCUAGAAAACAUCAAAAUAUUUUGAUUUCCAAGAAAGUUAUGCUUUGAUGAGUCCUUUUUUUUAUUAUUUGUAUCAUUUUUCCAUUUUUCAGCUCAUUCAUGUCUUUAAUGUCUUUAGGAGGUGGACCAAACUGGCAACAAAUGGAAGUGACAUUCACGGCUGAUGAUGAGGAGCCUAGACGUGUUAUUUCUCUGUCUGAUUCAUCGGCAUCAGAGGAAAAAGACCCAGUGGAUCUGUUUGACUCACUAAAUAAUGAAGGUAAAAGGGAAACUUAUAUACACAGUCAUUGUUAAUUACUUCAGUUAACUAACACACUGUGUCAGAAUAAUUCUGACACAGUGUGUUAGUACAAUUAUUGGUUACUACAAUUAUUGUAGUAUAAAGAUUGAUCAGAGGGCAUUUAAAAAUAUUCUUAAUGACCAUCAUUGAAAACACCACUGGAUAUUAGGGAGCUUAAACAAAGGCGUUUUUGAGCAACGCACGUCAACCGGAAGUGAGAUCUUUUUCAUUUUAAAGCACCUUGAUGCUACCAAAUUUGCAUUUCUAAGUGUUUUUACUAUUAUAGAGAUGAUUUGUCCAAAAUUUGGGCAAAACUGCCAUCAAAAAUGAAAAAAAGACCACUUCCGGUUGACAUGCGUUGCUCAAAAACGUCUUUGCUUAAGCUUACUAUUAUUAACUGCUCCUCUAGGAUAUGGAGAUAUUUGGGGAGUUAACUUUAGUAUAGGGUAGCAAGAUUCAGAUGAACUAGGUCUUGGUUCCCAGCUGCACAUCCCCACCCAAAAAUUCCUAAUGUUCUCUGUCACUCAUGACCUACAUGUAUAUGCAAUUGGAGUUAAAAGCAGAAGACUGAGACAGGAAAUGCAGGUAAGGAAAAGCUAAGCAGGCUUUUUGAUCAGUUAAGCUGACUUUUCUCUCAACUGCACCUUCAUUAAACUCAUCGCCAACUGAUGAGCUUGGGAACUGAUGCCUAAAAGGUAAGUGGGGAGGCCAACUGCGAAAAAUAUGGCAAGGAGGUAACGAGGCAACCCUGGAAGCGGGAACCACCCCUGCCAGCAGCCUCUAACUAGCACUGUCAUACUGAGAGAAUACUCAGUGGAAAUAAUACUUACCCAAGUGAAAUACUUACCUGCACACCCACACAUGACAGCAGGGAGGGAGGAGGGGGAGCAAGAAUCCGCCAAGAUUCGCCAGCACAAAGCAAAAAGGUGAUCCGCAAUUAUCAGCUAGAAUAGCUUGCAAAAUAAUGCAAAAGGAUAGCGGCCCUGAAAAACCCAAGUGGGCCACCCCGCAUGUCACGCAUGCUAAUACGGGAACACUGCUGACUGCAUUAGCUCGAGGUCAACUUAGCCUAAAUAAUAGCCACAUAAACUACCCCAUGUUUUCUUUUUCCAGAGCAAUUUGAGCCAAUGGUAACCCUUAUGAAACGUGUUUUCUUGUUAUAAGAGCGGCUAUCUGUGGCAAAAGCUUUUGUGGCAAUUCAACAGUGGUUCAAGUUAUUUAUGCUUAAGAAAGCUGUGAACUAUCAGAUCAACCAAAGCUACAUUAGCGUAACCUGUCAGUUACUACUUGGAAGGCAUUUUGAAGUCUGCAUCUGCACUGGAAAACAGCAGCCAAGAGCUUCAAUGGCUUUAACUUGAUGGAAGCUGCUGUUUGCUUUUAAAACACUGCUAAACAGCUGUAAUUGAGCUGUACAGCCAUUUCCAAGCAUUUUUUGUGGCGCUGUACAGCGCUGCAAGUUUCGUAUGGGAGGGUCCUUUUCAGCCGGUGAAAUCAGCCAGCAGCCGGCUCUUAGGAACAUCCCUGCUGAAUUCGAUAUAUGUCGUAUCCACUUAGAAGGGUAUCAUGAACCAGUUUUUGCAUCUUCAACAGGUUUAUUCGGUAUACUGCAAUCUUCUCUGUACACUCUUGAAACACUGACGACUCCAAGGGAGAGAGUUAAAAAAAACCUGGUUACAUUUUCUGCUCUAUCUUGAUGGUUCCUAGUUUAUUGCCGCUUGAUCAUUUAUAAGCCUAAAAAAUGUCCUCGUGGGAGCUAAUCAACAUUAUGUAAUAAUCGCUAUUUUAACAUGUCCACGCAGUACAAUCUAGCUUUGGGCGGAAUGGAAAACACCUGCAAGGGAAUAAUAAACCGGUCACAAAUAUACCUGGUAUUAAGUCCCAAUGGUGACCAACAUCAAUAUUCUCCUAAUAAUAUCCAUACAUUGUUGAAAUAUUUGGUUAUGAGAAUUAAUAAAAUGAUCACGUAAGAGAAAAUACCUUGAUCUUUUAUCAAAUUCUCUCAACUCAUUCUUUAAGGAAAUGCAUGGAGACCAGUUCGGAGAAUUUGUAUGUGGAUAUUGGGGCUUAAAGGGUUAAGCAGUAAGAUUGGUAGCUUGGGACUUACUAGAUAAUUAUCAGCAAGUAAUGACUAGAACAGGCAACUCUGCUUACAGCUCCAACUCUUUGAUUUUCUUAUAAUGUUCUGCACCUCUGGGUUACUCCAAACUCUAUCACAAGUGAAAACUCGUCUUAAGGGAAAACAAAUCUGAGAUUGUUCUUAGACUAGAAUCUGGAUUUUUGGAGCUAAGAAAUAAACAAAGUGGGUGGUUUUUUAAGUCACAAAGCUAGGCCAGUUAAAGACUGAAAUAUUACCAUGUUGAAAAAUAUUGGAGUUUGUUAUUUAGGACAGCCAUUUUGCCAAAGAGGAUUGUGAAUAAUGUUUUAUUUCUGUUCUUUGUAGACUUGGAAAUUUUUUCCAGAAUUAAAAAUGUAAGUUAUUUUCUUGUUUGUGUUUUGCAUAUUAUUUCUUUUAGCUUUCAGUAUAUGAAAUAGUCCAUUUUACAGUUGUGGACUUAGUAGCCUAGCCUUCAAGUGAAUGUGAGGCUGAUGGUGACCUUGUUUUGAUACAAACCUCUUUUUCUUGGGAUUUGUUAUGGAAAUUGCCCUUGAAAAAUGCUAGUUAGCACAAGAAAAACUUGAUUUACAUAAUAAAGCAAGAAGUUUUGUAUCAAAACAAGGUCAACUCCAGCCUUGCUUCCAUCCAUAACUAUAAAAUGGCCCAUUCAACCUCUGAAAAAAGGACCUGAGCCCGUGAUCAAUUGAAAACCAAAAACUGGUCAGCAGACAACUUUAAAAAAUGUGUCACCUCAGUGAGUUGUAUAACUCAGCCUGUGAUACAGUCAUGUGACACUGGUCAGCAGAUGCUCAUUUUGGACAGAAGCUGUCAAUUGACCAUAACAAGGAUUUCCAAUACCAAGGUAAACACAAAAGUAUAUGCCUUGGACCCCUCACCAGUAAAUGUGUCAUUUCACAUCCUAUAACAUGGUGCUCCGCUGAGCUCCGCUAUCAAGCCUUAACGGCAAUUCAAACUCUUCAGUAAAGUUGAUUCUUGAUUUCAUCUUCUCUCCACUGACCCCUUAUGAAACAUUAAUGUGAUUGGUGAGGAGAAUUAUUAUUUUUAUCUUUGAAUUUUAUGUGUAAUUAAAGAGUUAACACAAGGCAUUCUAUUUUGUUUAGUUAUUAGAAAAAAAGCCCAAGGGAAUGUGGUUAAAACGUAUAGGCGCUGAGUAUAAGAAAUUGUAUAAUCAAGAAAUAUCCAGUGCGAAGCUAGAGACACUGAGGAAAUUACCAACUAUAGCAAGAUGUGAAGAGUAAGUGAUGCAGCACGAACAUCUGUUGUGGGUAUCAUAUCAGUAACAAGACCCUGUGGGAGCAUUAUUUGGGCGUUGAUGUCCUAGGCGUGUGUGAAUUUUUUUAUGUGUGUUAGGGAUGUGUGAGUUGUGCAGUAGUUGUGUUAAUUUUAUGGGUUGGUUGAGAUGUUUGAAGUGGUAGGGGUGGAGUUAUAUUGGAUGUAGAUUGGUAAGAUAAUGGCUGUAGGUUGUUAAUCAUCAUGCAGUAAAACUGGUUUAGGUGUUGCAGUAAGGUAGUUGUGGGAGUGCUAAUUUGGUUAUGAAGGGAUAGUGUAGAUACCGUCUGUUGAAGUGAAUUGGUGGUGGUGAAAGAUCUCAUCAAUAGCCCCAAACAUACCUGUACCAGUACUUGUUUUACACAUUGUUAGGCUUUCUGUUAAGGAUUGCUUUUUGUUUUUUGUUUUAUUGUUUACAAAUUCUAUGGAGAUAACAUGGAUAAGGGAAAGUUCAUUUAACCCUUUAAGUCCCAAUAGUGACCAAAAUCAAUUUUCUUCUAACGAUAUCCAUACAUUGUCAAGAGAUUAGGUUAUGAGAAUAGAUAAAGUUAUCACCAAAGGGAAAAUGCUUUGAUCUUUUAUCAAAUUCUCGCAACUCAUUCUGUAAGGAAAUGUAUAGAGAUCAGUUUGGAGAAUUUGUAUGUGGAUAUUGGGGCUUAAAGGGUUAAUAUAGAGAAGAGCAAUGUUAGAAGGGGGAGGAGGGCUGACAUUUUGUGUGUCUUCACACACCCUGAGGUUCUCCUGCCAAAUAUUUUUCCAUAGCUGAUCAUGAAUAAAUUACUGAUUGUAGCACAAAAUUGUAGGAAGACUAAGAUGUCAUUGGCUGAAAUUGUUCAUGAUGAAUCUCAGCCUUGUCUGAAUUAUCUGUAGCCAGUGCAGUAUUAUCUUUGUUGUUAACAGUUCUGUUAAUCAUUGGUAAUUCAAGUCAAUGUCUUUGAUUUUGUUCCCAUCUCAGAUUUGCUGGGGGCAUUAUCAUAGUUUAUCCACCAAAACUGGUAAGUUCAAAAUCAUGUUAUUUUGGCACCUUUGUGUGAGUGUGUAUAUGACAUGCAUAGUCUUGCAGGGGUUUCUUUAAAAUUUUGAACAGAAGGGCAACUGAGUUUGAAACCCGGGCAAAGAAUUGGCAAGGCCCUCCGGGCAGGGGGAUCUGGGGGCAUGCUUGCCCGGAAAAUUUUGAAAUUCUAUAGUCACAGCGAUGUGUUUCCUGCAUAAUUUCUGAAGCUGCAGACAAUGUCUUUCAUCUACCAAAAAAAGAUAACUUUUCUAGAUAAUUUAAAGGGACUGGUUCACGAUAAUGCGCAUGUGUGAGUUCUGACAGUAGCUGAUUGUUGUUCAACCAAUCGGAAGCGAGUCAGAUGCACACAAGUAAAUUUACAAAAUUCAAAUUCAUCAUUCGCGACGCAAGAGUAUUUCCGGGCAUUUGGUUUGAUUUUAUAUUUAUCCCCAUAAUUCAAGUUUAUUCUUUGCUACUUCUCAGAUAUAUGUUGCAGCUGAUAAGAAUAAGAUUUACAGCCCUGUCCUGCUUUAAAACAAACAAUUACCAACCUCUAACGAGGUCAUACCCACGCUAAGAAAACAGUCAUUGAUCAGCAAACAAAAUUAUUUUGUAAACAAACAUUUUGUUACUGUUCUCUCAGUUCGCCUUAUAUAGACCCAUUAAUACCUACAAAAAGCGCCUGACCGGUGACAAAAACACGCAACGUAUGAGUAUAAAGAUUAUCCUUAAUUGAGCAUAAACUUCAAUGGCUUAUCAGCAAAUGAACACAUUCAUUCCCGUUGCAUCGGGUCAGUAUUCCGCAAAACAAAUGUCCUGAAAUGUUAUCAAGUAGAACACAUAAAGAAACUAGAUUAUAAACAGAAUAUUCAGGCAAUAAUUUAUUUUAAAAACAUCAAUUCUUAAACAUAUACGGUCGCAAAGCAAAUUGCAAGGAACAUUUCAAGUGUACCAGAUCGAUGAAGAUCGCGCGGCCUGUUGCAGUACAACUAUAGGUCGGAGUCAAAAAUCAAAUCAAAGUUGAAUGAAGUCGUGCCUUUAACCACUUUCCAAGAGUCAUGUAUUCUUUUCGUAAGCCACACACUACUCCUAGAACCAUACCAGAUUGAUCGGCUAAGCUUCUCUAUCUCCAAAGACUCUUGAGAACGUCCUGUUGCAGGACAGCCACAAUGCUCUUUUGAACCUCCAUGAUCAAAACAUUAUUUUUUGCGUCUUCUUAAAACGUAACCGGUCAAACAACACAACCACACGUUGAUCACCACUACCAAAGUAUAACUAGGCCAGCCAAAGCGAUGGAUGUCGGAAUAAAACGAAAGAUUUUCAAUGAUUGCACCAGUAAUGGCGAUUUUGAAUUUAGUGUUGACCCAACAAAUUUAUUCUGAAGAGACAAACGGCGCUCAUGCGCAUAACUGUGAUCGUGACCCUUUAAUCAGUUGACAGGGAACAGUUCUUUUCAUAAUGCAUUAUGGGGCGAUUCUUGUUUUAAACACAUAACAAACAAGGGGAUUUCAUGCUGCCUGUGAUAAAGUGGAAAUUUGACAGUAAAGUAUGUUUUACGUUUGAGAAGACUCAUAAACGAUGAAGGGCACGAUUGUAACUUAACACUGUUUUUGAUCAUUCCUUGUAUUAAAAAAGGUUCUUUGAGAUGUUAAGCAGCAGGGCAAAGUCGCGUUCACAGGCAGCCAAUUUGCCCGGUGCCCGGCCCUCAAUGAAACCCCUGGUCUUGGCAUUACUUUUGGAAUCAUGUUCAACUUACUCUUUUCCGGGUAUGGUUUGUGAGCAUCAUUGUAAAGUAAUUUAUUGGUGCUAAACCUUAGUAAUAGCUUUGCUAUUUUUUUAGCAGGAGGAAAAGCCACCCAUCAACCAUGUUAACUUGUCAAAUGGAGGUAAGAAAUUUUUCACUUCAUAAAAUAAUACAUCAAACCAGUCUUUGUUCUCCACCUUCAAUAAAUACUUUCUUUUGAAAAACUCAAUGGUGAAAUCUAGCUAGGACCAAUAAACCACCACACUUCUCCACCACAGAGAGGUUAGUUGUGUAAAUGUUUUGAUACAAUCCAUCACAGAUACAUAUGUAUGAUUACAUUUAAACCAAAGUUGUAACCUUUGUGUUAUUUGUCCAGUUUCUUCCAGGCCUGUUGAACUUUAUACCCUUCGUCCACAGGAUUUGCCAGCAAUGGGGUAAAUGUUACAGUUUUAAUUCGCUGAAACCUUCUAUUAUGGUGUCACCUAAAAUAUCUGCCAGGUUUAUUAUUAGGAGUGGUGGUUGUCCUUUAAGAGCAUCAUUGAGAAAAAGGAAUUGCCCAUAAUAAAAUAUUAUUAUUAAAGGCUUAAUAACUGGUCCUGAGGGAAACAGUUAAUUUUGUUUCCUGAGAAUCUCAAGAUUUCCCAAGGAAGAGCCGAAGGAAACAUUGAGAUUCAAGGGAAACAAAAUUAACUGUUUCCCAAGGGACCAAUCUUUAAGUGAUUUGUUACAUAGCUGGAAAUUUUGAAGCUUGAAAUUCAUUAAACCUUGGCUGUAACAUUUGGCAGUUGUUGGUCAACAUUCGUGGGUAACAGUGCACUGUUACCCUCUGACAUCAUAGAUUUUGCAAUGUUGCCCGCCCAGAGAUUUUGUAAGGAAGCAGUUUCCUUGUUACUUGUCAUGUGACCGGGAAGUAACCAAUGAGAGCAUGUGUUGGGAAAAAUUUUCCAGCUAAUAACAAUUUCCAUUGUUUACUGCCUUAGAUUAACAUUUAUGUUUAGAACUUUACAUCAAGGCCACUUGCCUUUGGCUUGUGCUUGCAUCUGGGGUUUGAAUAGUUUAUGACAUCCUUUGACUUACCAUAAAGACUGUAACCUCUAGCUAUGAGAAAUGAUAAGGCAUUAUUGCCAAACACAGACCAUCAAAUUGGCGACUUGAAGUGCAAUUUCUGGUGCCACAUUUUUUCUCUUCUCACUAUGGUGACCAAAACAGUUUCAGAUAAUUAUCAAGAUGUGUGAGCAUAGACCAGGUAAAUUAAUUCUACAUGCGUGCAAGCUUUUUCAAAUAUCUGUGGACAAAACUAAGAUAUAGCUGUUAAUGUUAAUGCCAUACCAUUUUUUUUUUGAUUUUCGAUUAUUUAUUACUUUAUCUUUUAAUUAAUCAAUUAUUUAACUUGCAGAACUGUAUCAGAAGUGACAGUGAUCCAUGUAGAUAGUCCAUCCCACUUCUUUGUUCAACAUAACCAGCAAUGGGAAGAGAUUGAGGACCUAAGUACCAAGCUCAAUAAAUUUUUCCAGGUAAACUGUUAUGCAGAUAAUAUAUUUUUGGACCUUCUUAGCCUGCAUGUAGACAGAACUCUAGUACCACUCUAGUAGUAGAACUCUAGUUCAUGUAAUGAUAAGUUAUUAGUAAUAUUAGAUUGCCAUCAGCCCAUAGCAAAUUACAGGGUUUUGAGCUUGGAGAUAACUCACUCAUUCUAUAGGAUGCAUUAUUGACCAAGCAUUAGGUCAAGAUGGCAGAAUGAUGACUAAGUUCUGUUUUUUGCUUUUUUUAGUCCAAGACCAUAAGGAUCAAUAGUAAUGCAAAAAAGAGGCCAAUAUCCAGCCAUCUUAACCAAGCAAACAUGGUCAAUAAUGCAUUUAUUAUUAUGGCCAAAAAUAACUACUGCCAAUCAAAACAAUGGAUUUGCUGCGUCUUGCCUGUUCCCAGAUUGACAAUGCCACCAAUGAAAAAUUAAACCAAAACUACUACUGUUGGUUGCAUCUAAGUAUGUACACGUGAGGAAAAAACAUGUUGUAAAUGGAGGCAAACAUGACACGUUUUGCCGCCAAACAUUCGAAGUUUGGAGUAGGCGGCUGUUGUCGACUUGAUUUGUUUUCACUCAAAAAAAUAUUUUUGGCCAAAUUUUUUUAUACAUUAAGAAUAAUUUUGGAGGCAAGUGUGCUGUUUCUAAGCGAGAAAUAUGCACGAAGGCUGAGUGGAAUGUGCUGAUCAAAAACAUAUAAACAACUUACCUUUGGAUCGACAGUUUGCUUUAACGGCUGACAAACUUCUAAUGUUUGGCGGCAAAAUGCGUCAUGUCUGGCACCGUAUAAGAACAAUGUUUUUUGUCUUGUAUUCACACUUAGUUGCAACCGACGGUAUCGCAUCAAAGGCCUUCUGUCUUUUCAUAUGGCUAUCCCACUUUGUUUACUGGUCUUUACGAUAUCACGAUUAGUGUCUGUGUUUUUUUUAUUUCAGGAUCAAUUUAGGGAAAGUGAUACCUUGCCUCGUGUGGAGAAAGAUAUGUUUUGCUGUGCUCAGUUUACAGAAGAUGAUGGCUGGUAUCGUGCCAGAAUUGUUGAGGGCUCUACCGGAGGAGAUACAUCAAAAGUUCACGUAAUAUAUGUUGACUUUGGUAAUCAUGAGACUCUUCCUGUAUCAAGGCUUAGGAUGCUAAGGAAAGAACAUGCGGAGUUACCUAUGAUGUCAGUAUUGUGUGCACUGGAUGGAGUUACGCCACCUAAUGGGGUGAGAUACAGGCUCUUAAUGUACACUGGAGUUCUUUCCUGUGUGGAGGGGUCACUAGGAGAUGGAUGUGUUUCCAGUCAGGGAAAAAAACAAGACACAGAACUGAGAGCAUGCAACUCGCUAAUGUAAAAAUCAACAAGAUGGCUACUCUCUAAGUGCCCUGUCAGCAGAGGCUAAAUUUUCAUGGUAUGACUGGGCUACUUCAUAAAGCAAAAAUGUAGCCUCUGCUUGCAAGGGCCACAAGUUUAUCAGUUUAGAUCAUAACUGUCAAGUGUUCCCCUCCAUAAAUAAAGGCAUCACUUCACUUCACAGUUCAUGCUCGUCAAAAAUUCCCGCCUCUUGAUCUUUUUAACCCUUUAAGCCCCAGUAUCCAACUAGAAAUUCUCCAAACUGAUGUCCAUACAUUGCUUAAAAAAUUAGUUGAGAGAAUUUUGAUUUAAGAUCAAAGACUUUUCUCUUUGUGAUCAUUUUAUUAAUUCUCAUAGACUUUGCUCUUGACAAUCUAUGGAUUUUGUUAGGAGAAAAUUGAUGUUGGUCACUAUUGGGACUUGAAGGGUUAAUAUCAAAAUACUGCAGAUUUUUUUCACAUUGUAUGUACUACCAAAAAUCACUGAGGUCGUGUUAAAUGUAAUACAUGAGUCAGUGUAAUCCUUACUACCAACUGGAGUUGUGUCUUGCAAUAACGUUACAUUUAAGAUGGCUCGAUACAGUUUUUCAGGGUCAAUACCCUAAUCAUAACAAAUUUUCAUCUUUAUCUAAUACAACUGUGGUGUCGAUGUUUCCAAAUCUUUGUUUAUGGCGAUGUAGUUUAUGCUCAAACUUGGGAGGUAUAUUGACCCUGAAAAACUGUAUCCAGCCACCUUAAAGCUACAAGAUCAAGUGGGGAAAGAAUUGUAAGUUUUGUCUACUAUUCAAUUAAUUGUAGAUUCAGAGACUACAAAAAGUAUAAGCAGUAUUGAUUUUUCAUAGUGAUUCCUUUUAGAAAUCCUCUAGCUUCACUGUGCCCAUAAAAGGUUCCCUUCAACAGAAAUACUUGAUUCCAAUAAAUUACAGUAAGACGGUUCUUUAAAUGCUGGCCAAAAAGUAGUAUUACAAACUGUUUAGGGUUUUGGUGCCUGACAGCUGUCUUCCUCAAAACUAGUGCCGAAGGCUUUCUUAGCCUAUUGAAUUUUUGUCAAGAGAAUACCAGAUUCCCAUAAAAUCCUUCACAUCUUUUCAUCGUUAAAAUACUUUAGUGUCCGCCAUGGGAUAAAGGGGCUAAGAACUCGUUUUUCUUGACAGAGAUAUUUUUUAUGCACCAGACACAAACUAACAGUCAAUCAAAAAUAACAUAGCUAUUACUUGUCUAGUAUUAGUCAGUAUUGAUUCGUUGGUCAGUAAUCUAGCAUUUGUCAAUCAUGUAGGAAAAAUGGAGUGCUGCCUCUAUCGCAAGAUUCAGAGAGCUGUGUACCAGUGAAACACUUAAGAUGAAAGCGGUCAAAGCUGAAGGUACAGUCUAAGUCCACUAUGAAAUGCAUUAACAACAAUACUUAGGAUAACAUGUUAAAAUAUGCACAAAACAAAAUUCGCAAAACCACUUAUUUUGAAAAGGUUAAAACAUGUGGCAAAGGAUAAGGCUUCUACUAUUUAGGUGGCUGGAAAGCCAUUUAUUCCUGUGCAAUAUCCCACGGUUUUUAUUUCAGCGGUAGUAGUUUCUUGGGUCAUCAAUUUAAUGCCCUGAAAUUUGAAAUUUGUUUUUCUUUUAGUUCAAUAUUAUUGUCAGUACUAUUACUUGUUUUGCAUGAAUGUGAGUGGGGUUCUCUACCUAACCACUCAUUCAUUCUAAGAGAAAAUCAAGUGUCUUGAGAUAUCUUUUAUUGUGUAGCACUUGAGAGCAUUGGAAAGCUAGUUCAUACUUCAUGACUUUUCAGUCUAAAGUAGCGUCAUGUUAUUGAUUUUAUAAGUUACAGUAUAUUAUUGUUUUAUAAUUAUUUUUCUUUCAAAUGCUGAUCCUCCUUUAUCUGCCUAAUUCUUCAUUUCACAAUGAGCCUUAACCAAUAAUGAUUAUUGCUAAUAAUUCUCAAUAGUCAAAUCAUUAUUGAUAAGAACUUCAAUUUGUACAUUUUAUAGCUCCCAAACUAGUAUGGGUGUAGGUAAUAGCAUGAUUUGUAGUGAUAUUUGGCAUUUAUUACCACAAGUGAUAUUUCGAAAUUGUUAUGCGUAAUUUCACGAGCCAUUAGGCGAGUGAAAUUUGAGACAAUUUUGAAAUAUCAUGAGUGGUAUUUAUGCCAAAUAUCACACACAAAUUAUGCUAUUAUUUGUUUAUACUACUACCCACUAAAGGUUUGUAAUUUUCACAUGUAGGUAUUUCAAGUUAAGCUGAAAUACCACUGCUGUAAGCCAAUCAAAUUGCAGAAAUUUCUCAUGUAGUAGUAUAAAUUGAAAAACAAGCUACAUUUAAAGUGAAUUUAACAGAUACAGUGUACUUCUAUCAGUUUUUUAACAAGCACAUUAUGUUAUUUUAGGAAAUCAUCUUUAUGUCCAGUUAAGGGAUGCUUCUGGCUGUGAUGUCAUCGCUACUAUGAAAAAAGAAGGCCAUGCUAAGGGUGACACAGAUGAUUCAUCAACCUCUUCAUCAAGCUCGUCUUCAAAAAUCUCUUCAUUGUCAACCUCAUCUUCCACUGAUUCAUUUUUAACAGUUUCCUCGUCAGCAUCAUCUUUAUCCUCACUAUCAUCAAGUCAAGCAGGUUUAACACCCAGUUCAGAGAGUGGCAGGUUAGUAUCCAGGCCCAGUUGCUCAAAGGCCAAUUAGCGCUCAACCCGGGUUUCUUUCUCUUGUGUUCAAAAGCAUUUUCUCGAAUAAUUUUCUCUGUUAUUUUUAGAGCUUCCAAUCAUCAACGUGAAGACAAAAAGAAUUAAGACUGAAAUGCUUUUUAAGCUUUCAAAUUUGAAUUCAAAUCUCGCACUAACCCCGGGUUAUCUUAACCCACCUUUGAACAACUCGGCCCUGCAGGGGUUUUGUUUCAAGCCGGACGCCAGACGCAAUGUCCGGUUGUUUCACAUGUAACGUCCGGUAGUUCACACAUGAUAUACUUAUUUUUUGAAAUAAGAAAAUUGUUUCUUUUUUUUCGUUUUUUGAUCAAGUAAAAAACCAACAUCUACAAACUGACAAUUAUAAUUGCCAAAUCAAAUAUUUCACUUUUUGUGAACAUUUUUAAUGUAUUAAAAGACCUUCCUGGUUAAUCAAUUCUGGUCCAGGGAAUGCAGGAAAUUUCAUUUUGGAGAGUCCAAUUAUAAAAAUUUCCAAGGGGAGCAUGCCCUUGGACCCCCCCUAGAAGUUUGUGACUCCUGCACUCAACGUUAUUGCUGUGGCACAAACAGUGCAAGUCCGAAUGCUGAAGCUCUGCAUCCAGUACUUCCAAAUGCUGCCGAAAACCCUGAGAAUCAUUCCUCUAAGGGUUUGAUUCAUUGGGAUGGUUUGGAUCAGGAUCAGUGAUCUGAGAUUUCUUGGAUCGUAACUCAUCAAAGGAACUGACAAAUCACCCUGGGAAAGAAUUCGUCAGUUCAUUAAUGAUCUACCAUGAUCUGAGUGAUCUCAGAUCAUUGACCUUGAUCCAGAUCAUCACAAUGGAAUGCACCCUAAGUCUUUGCUCAUUCAGACACAUAAUAGGCUGAUUUAGCAACAGGACGGGAAUGUCAGUUGACAACGGGAAAGCAGGCGGAAAGGACUGAACACGACUUCCGGUGCCCAAUUUGCCACUCUUCUAUUGGUCAAGCCAGUUGUUUAAUUUGAGCACGCCGUCGUCAACUGAUGUUCCCGUUCUGUCGCUAAAUCAGCCUAUUAGCAAAAUCAAAACCUUUGUGAUGAAUUUUGAGAGAAGAGUGAAAAUAAUUUUUUCAAGUCUUAAUGUAGGUAUGCCCAAACUAUUUCCUGUUGUACUUUAACUUAAAUAAAUAAACACUCUAUCACUCAGAAUUAGUACUUGAGAACAGCCUGCAGAGCACAACGCAGCACAACUGAACACGAUACAUUUUACAGCUAUCAACUAUGUAUUUUAAAGAAAAGAAGAAUUUAAUUAAAUGUACAUGCACCAGCGUAUGGACACAUAAAAUAUGUUGUACUCUUUUACUUUUCCUUGUUGAGAACUGAAGUGCUAAUUCAGGGCUCUAUUAACAGAGAGAUUUUGAAUAUUCAUUUUAUUAAAUUUUGUUGAAUUCUUAUUCAUGAACAGUAGUUUUUUGGAUAGUUAUGAUCUGUCAAAGCAAAAUGAUAAUGUGGUUAAGUACUGCUGAGAAGUUUUCUUGCAUACUUAAGUAUAUUAUUGCUGAUCACUGGUUAUUAACCACUGGUCCUGUGUGCUCAGCUGAUCGGUUUUUUGAUAUCAGAAUAAACUAAAGACAUUAUUAUUAUUAUAUUGUUAUUAUACCAGUCUUGAGAAUAUAACUUCUUACAUUUUAGAAGAUUACUUCAAGCCAGGCCCUGAAAGAAGAAAAGUAAAUAUUAACUUAAGUUAAAGCACAGGUGUAGUUUGUUUUUGAUCAAAGUAAAGUUGUUUCUAGCUUACAUGUCUCUACCUUCUGCAGCCAUGAAAUUAAAUCAAAAGGAUCUGAAGAUAAAAAAGGGACAUCACGACCUUUUCUGAGACACAGAUUCUUGUCCAGGGAUGAAGAGGUUCAGAAAAUACCUGGUUAGUCGUUCUUUUUCAGCUUCAGGAAUAAUGGCAUAAUAAUGUAAUGAUGGUAGUUGAAAAUGAGAUUCAGGUUAAAAUGGCGCCAACCUAGUUUAAUUCUCAAAUUCCUUUGUCUUUCUACCCUAAUUAGUGAUGACUAUUAAUAAUGUAAUCUUCUAAUCCUAAUCAUUCAUGAUUAGAAAUAUGACGGAUCAUGAGAAUUUAAGGGAAAUUGAGAAUCAAACUAAGUUGAAACCAGUUUAUCUUGUAUUCGAUCUUGAACCACAACAAUACCAGAAUUGGCAAAGCACAAACAUUAGGUUAUAAAAGUAUGUAUAGAUUCAAAAGGUGACAUUUUUAGUGCUGGCCCAUCAGACUGAAUUCUGAAAGAUACAGUGUAAACAGGUAGUGUAAGCCGUGGCGAUGGUCAUCAAAUUUACCAAAGGUGUGUUGUAAGUGUUAUUCACGAUUCUAGUAAUGCGGUCUUAUUAUCUGUGUGGUACAUAACCUUUAACCCAAACUGUAAUAUUUUUUGCCUUUUAGAGAAGGUUCAAAUCCCAGAGGAUGAGAACUUUCUGGAUGUCUUUGUAUGUAAUAUUCACAGCACGGACAACAUCUGUGUCAAUCUUUCAGGAGAAGAAUAUUCAGUGAGUAUCCCCUUAAACUCAUUGACGGGAAUGGAGGUUACUGCCAAUAAGUUUCUUUUAUUUGGCAGCUUGUUUCCUGAAGGAGUCAAAGUGAUAUUUGAUGCUCAAGUGGUGCACGUUUGACAAUCAUUUCUGUGAAACACAGAAUGAUGAUGUGAACUGCGGAAAUAUAAGUUUAAUUGAAGAUAUCGUUCAUAUCUUCAAUUAAACUGAUGAAUUAAAGAAUGAUGAUGUGAACUGCGGCAAUUCAAGUUUAAUUGAAGGUAUCGUUCAUGUCUUCAAUUAGACUUGUAUUCCCGCAGUUCAUAUCAUCAUUCUGUGUUUCACUCCUUUCACGGGUUAAGAUGAACUCAACAAAUUGGCCUGCUCCCAAUGUAUAGGUCUUGAUAGCUCAAUAGGUUAGAGCACUGCUGCACUAACACAGAGGCCACAGAGGGUUUUAAUCCCGUUGAAGUCCCGGAAUUUUUUCGGGUUAAACUGCAAUUAUCACUGUGACGAUCAUAUCUUCAAUUAAACAAUUCUUACUGCAUUGUUUAGGACAAACUGACAGCCUUGGAGCAAAGUAUGCUGUGCCAUUAUGAAGAACCUAGCUCUGAAGGUCAGAUCUCACAGUAAAGUAGCUCUUGUUGUAAAGUUGGGUUAAUUUUGAGCACCCUAGUAUUUUCUUUGAAAAUUGAGUAUAGGAAAAAAUCGCCUCAGACUUGGGCAUAAGUGUCUUGCACUGCAGUGAUGGGAAGAGCAAGGAGGAUUGCCCAUGCUCAACAUUACCAAUGGCUGUCCAGAAUUUAAGUGGUUGAGCAUUAAUUUUGAGUGUUCCUUGCAAACUGAUAAAUGAAUUGGAUUUAAUUAUGUUGUAUCCAUGUCGAAGAGAUCACACUAGUUUUUGUACUCAAUUUUUAUUCAUACUAACUGUAAUCUUCAGACAAAACUAAAAGAUUUAAUAAUAUAUAUACAAGGAAACCUGACCCAGGUAGACCUUUGCUGGUGUCCACUUAAUAAAUGACCGUAUACCAUUAACAUUUUAACAUGCUCGUAUAAAAUUGUGUGUAAUGCAAAACAGUAUGAUAAAUUAUAAGCAAAUAGACACCAAGAAUUCAAACUUAACUUGAAUAAAAUGGUAGACAGGUAUGGUUUGUUCUGCAAUUAUAUACUUAAACUAGUGAUUGGCAGGAUUAGCUCAGUCGGUAGAGCGUUUGACUGCAGAGCGGGAGGUCGCGGGUUCGAUUCUUGGGGCCGGACCAUUACUCAGGGUCUUAAAAUGACUGAGAAAUGAAGGUACUUCCUUUGCACUGCACGCGGCGAGACCUUCGGGUGGCUCGGAUGACCACGCAAAAUGGCGGUCCCCGUCUCCAUUAGGAGACGUAAAAAUAGUGUCCCCAAUUAGAACUUUCAUGCUAAAUACAUUUGACACUCAAAUAAAAAGUGCAUUUUUUUAAAAGUGAAAUCCCUACCAUUUCAUAUACCUGAAGAAAUAACCCUUUCGGGCGGAGCCUCCUCGUAUAGGCCAUCGAAGAGAGUACCCCCACGCCCUAUAGACAGGGUUUGUACCGCUCACUACAGAGUCUUGAAUUCUUGAAAAAAUCUUAAAAUUUGCCCAGCAAUUUUCCAGACCUGGAAAAAGUUUGGAAAAUAGAGAUAUAGUCGUGAAAAAUGGUAGAGGUCUUGAGUGUUUUUGAAAGCUACAACAAGUGCUUUAUAAGUGAAUUUUUUUGUUUUGGUCACACCUUAUUCAAUCUCGCCCGUAUGUUUGCAGUGGAUCAUGAAAAAACUUUGUUCCUGCGUUUUUCAAAGUCUCCAUUGAUCAGCGUCUUGAUAACCUCGAGUCUGGAAAAAAUUAUUGUUUGGGGAAAAAGUCUUAAAAAAAGUCUUGAAUUUUGGAUCAAAAAAUCCGUACGAACCCUGUUUAGAGAACACUGCCAUUGAAGUGGGAAUUGAAGUCCCAACUAAAAGAAAUCCUCGUGUGGAUUUUAUUCCGUUAAAAUCUCCCCAUUAUGCCCCUAAAAGUACACUAAAUACUGGUUACGAUAAUGUAUAUUACAGUUUCAUCGUGCUGAACCAACUUAGUGUUUUUUGUUUUGUUUUGUGUUGUUUUUUUUCCCUUUAGAAAUGCCCAAGAUUGUCCCUGGAUGUAUUUUUGCCACAUACUCCAAAGAAAUCCAUUCCGAGGGUCUCUGGUAUCGUGUCAAAGUCCUCAAAGUCAAAGGAGACACUGCGCACAUUGAGUAUCUGGAUUACGGGGACACAGGGCAUGUACCUACGUCAAACUUGCGAAGUAUUCCAUCAAGAUUCUUAGAAUUACCCUUCCAGGUUUGUAGCAUGAUUCUUGCUUAUUUUUCUUUCUUUCACUUGUAGACUUAUUUUCUACAUUGUUUGAAGGAUGAUUCUGUUUGAUCUGUUAUGAUCUUGGUGAAUAGAGCGAUUUUCGUAUGACCUUAAAAUGAAAACGCGCGAACAAAAUAGACACAACAAACGGACGGAAAUAGAGCGAUUUGAUUGGUUUAUCGAACGGACACAAACGCGUGUGGCGUUUGGUUGGUUAGGCGAACUUUCGGGUGAGAAACCUUCAUGCCCGAGAACUUUCUAGAAAUCAAUUGUUACUUCGCUUUGACGUCAUACUGCUACACGAUUGGCCAAUCAAACAAUGCCUUCUCCAUAUUAGGGUUGUCUUUAGCAGGAAAACGAAGAGGCCGUGUUUUGAUCGUUUCAUCCAUUGGCUAAUAAAACAAAUACAGUUGACUCCCGAGAAGUCGAACCUUACAAGGGAAAUCGAAAAAGGUUCGAGUUAUCGGGAGCUCGAAAAAAAUACCCGGGAGUAAGGAAAAAAACAGUUUUUACUGUAUUGGGAACAUUUUAAUCACAUUUAAUUGUAGAAAUGUCAAGUGAAAAUUAAAAGAUACUUCUAGAUUAUAAAUCAGAACGUAACAUAACAAAACCUUGCUUAAAUAGAGCAUGCUUUGUACUGUUUUGAGAAGUAAAGCUGUUUCACGUUAGAUUUGUGACAAACAACAUCAACCUCCAAUAGUAAAUUAUAUGCCUACAACACGUCAAUGGGAAAUUCAAAAUUCAAUGUUUGGAACGUCAGUAGACUUUUUUUCCCGACUUUUAAGGGCUCAAAACAUGGUUCGAGUUAUCGAGGGUAAAAUUAUAUAGAAAUGAUCUGAGGGGAAACAAAAACUGCUUCGAGUUAGCGGGAGGUUCGAGUUAUCGAGGGUUCGAGUUAUCGGGAGUCAACUGUAACGAACACUUACCGAAACCAUUUUUUAAGGCCAUACGAAAACCGCUCUAUUUUAAAGUUACUUUUUUGUUCGCUUCUUUGUUUCUUUUUCAAGGCACUGACUAUCAGUCUAAGUGGGCUUCCAAAGACAAAAAAUGCGGAGGUUAUUCUUAAAUUAAAACAAAUGACACUCAACAGAGAUCUUGUGGCAGAAGUCAUAAAUAUGUGAGUACCAUUCUUUAUGGUGUUGUUUUAAGUUAUCAGUUUAUAUCAGACAAAGUACCAGACAUUUGUGCCCUUUUUUUAACAAGUUGUAAUGCAUAUGUUGCAAUUUGUCAGCUUCAUAUUUUCAAGCGUACAGUACCGAGGACCAGGAUCGUAAUGUAGGAGCUGCUCGGAAGGUCUCUCCUGAUUGGUCGCACAAAACAAUGACAUGUCAUUCUUCCAAUUGUUUUAGUAUUUUUUGGGGUCAGGGAAACCCACUACUGGUGACUUCUCUUCCGAGCAGCUGCUACAUGACUCUCCCAGGGAAUUCGGGGUUUGAGCAAAUCGGAUUUUAGUAUACAAUGCCUACCACCUACCACACUUUAUCUUUCACUGUUUUGAGAACGUAUUUUAUUGAGAGUCUGAAAUUACUGUAAAAAAAAAUUUAGUUCGUUUCUCAUUAUUUCCAAAGCCAUAAACUUAACCUUUAGUAGCACUACUUUGUUAAAGUAUAAACCACUAUGGCUACUUUUUUUUACCAAUUUGGCACGCUGCCUCAACAAAAAAGUGAAACAGGAGGAAGUGGUCUUUUAUGGUUUCCUCUCAAUGUGUACAUAUAUCUACAGGAAUUGUAACACAGUGUCAGUUGAACUGUGGGACACUUCAAAUGAAGGCGCAGACAUAAACAUUAACAGAUUACUACGAUCACUGGUCAUUCCAGACGAGGAAAUGGUUCCAGUCUUGCCAAAGGUAAGAAAUUGUGGAAAAACUCCAGUUAACUUUAAAAUUUUGCACUGUGCGCAGUUAGCAACAGCUCAACGAGGCGAACAGUUGUGGCACACAUAUGAAUAGCUGAUAAAUUUCAUAAGGUAAACCAUUCCAAAUUUUUACACCUUUUUCUGAAAAGGACUUUCAACAAAAUGAUUCCCUCGUUAAGAUGCUAUUUUUUCAUAUAAAUGAGGAGUGAAUGUAUUAGAUAUAUUAGGAGUUUAUAAGAGAGGUCGUACGCAUUAUUAAUAAGAAUACUUUUAAUAAUAUUGAUUAAUGUUAUUAUUGUUAUUGUGUUUAUUUUUACUUCAUUUGUUUUCCAGUCAGUAUCUAAGCUCACUUAGCAGUUUUAAUUGCAAAAGAGUUGUGUUGCAGUAUCUCUGUAGUCCUUUCAUUUGUUUCCUUUGUAUUCAUAGCCUGGGGAACAGAUAGACGCAUUUGUGACAUUUGUUACUCUGGAAGGCCACAUAUUUAUACAGAUUCCUGGCGGUGGAACAACGCGAUUAGACGAACUAAUGAACGACAUUAGUGAACACUACUCUCAGGUAGUAUUCCAAAAAAAAACAUCCAGAUUAUAAGCUCCUCCGGUUAGGAGCACCUAACGCCCCCCACCCCCGCCCCCUCCCCUCCCCCGUUCCCGAUUUUCAAGCCAUCAAUUUGUAAAGAGAAAUUUUGGUCUGGUUACAAGCUUUUCCCCAAUUGUAGGCCUAACCUAUUUCAGGCUCUAAGAUAGCAGAGAAAGCGGAUCGAGAAAACAUGCGCGAAAAUCGCGUGGGGGCUGGGGAGAGACGGUGUAGUAGACGGAGUAGUAUUCUGACACGAGGAAAGGGUUUUUUGAGGAAGUUGGUGGAGAUAGUGGGCGGAUUGAGGUAUUUAAAAAGAUGCUUAUAGCCUCUCCCUUCUCUCUUCCCACAGUUUUUUCGCUCGUUCGCUAUUUCACUGCUCGCUCGCUCCUUCGCUAGUCUGCACUGACCAAGAGCCUGGCGCAGGCUGUUUUAGGCCUAGAGAAAUAGAAGAUAUUACAUGCCCUCGCGUGGAUACGAAUUUUAUCUUCGAGGGAGCGAGCGCAGCGAACUCGUGAGAUAUCGAGUUGAACACGAGAAGAUAAAAUUCGUUUCCACAAGCGGGCAUGUAAUAUUCUGUUUAUUAUAUACACACCGAUGGCGAGGUGCUGUGAUGCUCCUUUCUUAUUGGCUGAGACUGAAGUAGCCAUGACAACCGUGAUAUCUUCACAUGUGAAGGAUAAAAAUUGUAUCUUCACCGGAUACCAAAUUUUUGUCACUGGAAAAAUCCUGGUAUUUCAUCGGUGUCCAUAUUAUAAAUAUAUUUAUACACACCCGACUGAAUAAAACGUCGUCGCUUGAAACGUAUGCGAAGUUAAAGUUCUUUCUAGAAAAGCUUGUGAUACAUUAUCACAAGCUUCUCGUCCUGAUGCAAUGCCAUUCCGGCGAGGUUUAAGCGGAUUCUAGUUGUCUUGGCAAUGAGUCGAUGACUUCAGGUAUGGGCACAUGUUUCUUUGGACUAACUCUCUUGUUAUAGAGCGUAGCCACAUCACCAACAUACACUUGAAAAUCAUAAGAUGAGAGCUAAACGUUUUGUGGGUUCAUAUUGGCUUCUAUACAUUCCAUUCAUUCUUAGCGUCCAAACGAAUGCUGGCUACAUACGUGCGACGCAUGCGUAAUAGCUACCGGGAGACCUUGUCGCCUGCUAAAAUUCCGGCUAUCUUUGUGUUUGAUGAAAUUGUUUUUCAGUAAAUUUGCGCCUUUUAUGUAAUCUCUUGCAAGCUCCUACUGUAUUUUUGCACCAAUGAAUUAAACAUCGCUUUUAUCCUCCCCUUCAUUUUGUAGCCAACAAAAGCUGCCGAGUUUGUAUCCAGUCCCCAGAAAGACAAGAUUGUCUGUGCCAAGUGCUCUGAUGGGGCCUGGUACCGAGCUGUGGUCUCUAAAGUCUUGCCUGACAGACAAGUGGAAGUGAAGUAUGUUGACUAUGGAAACACAGAGGAGCUGCCGAUAUCAAGUCUGCGGCAACCAACCAGGUCCAUCAGCCAUGUCAACUCCCUCCCUUUUCAGGUAUUGUAGUGUCUACAGCGCUUUCAUGUCUCUGAAAUUGUAAUUGCAAGUAGGAGUUUUUAAAAACUCGUUUAAAAGUGUCCGUUCGUUCCCAGUAAUUUGUUACGAAUAGUUAUGGUGAGUCCUAGGACUCAUCUUGUGAACAAAUCUUGAGUCCCAGUCCAGAACCAUCGAGUCCCAGUUCAGAAAACAAUAAGUCCUAAAUUGAAAAUGCUUUGGGCCUUUAUGUGACCAGACAGAUAAAAGAUAUUCUUUUGUAAAGAACACCGAAGACUAAUGGCGCUUAUCAUUUGUCAGAACUGACCGGCCAGUUCCUUCCUGUAGUAAUAAGAAUUUCACCAUUAAUCAAAACUAUCCUGCUACAUCAGUCAAGUCCUAAAUAAUAGUGUGCAGGAAGUAGAUGGUUCUUCAGCAAAAACUCCUGGAAAAAGCCGAUUUCAUUGUCAAUAUAACUGGUCUGGUAAUGGUCCUGCCGGCCAGUUCUGAUAAAUGGAAAGCGUUAUGCGUCGUUAAACAACAGCCACAAGAACAGCAACAGAAAUCACAUGAACAGGAUAUUCUACAAAGACAUCUUUAGAUCGAUCGAUCUUUACAUCCUACGGGACGGAAACGGAACUAUUGCGUCUUUGCGGAUUUUUAUGCGUCGGGGACACAAGACGCAGAGGUAACAAAAUCACUGGCGUUCCGGAUCGAAUUGGAAUUUACAAGUGUUGGUUUUUAAAGAGAUGGGAAAACGAAGUACCCGGAGAAAAACCUCUCGGAACAAGGAAGAGAACCAACAACAAACUCAACCCACAUAUGGCAACGAAGUCGGGUUUUGAACCCGGGCCACAUUGGUGGGAGGCGAGUACUCUCACCACUGCCCUACCAUUACCCUGGUGGAGAACUCCCUAUAAUGGGCCAUACGGGGAUGCUCCGCUUGGCUUGAUCGGGGUACCUUUUGCAGGCGUCGGGUAUAUAAAAGAGUAAGGCGUUUACUAGUUGAAGUAUAUGAAUUGAAGGGUAGGCAAAUCCUCAUUUCGGUCUGUAAUAAGGGCCAAAGGGGCUUACAGAUUACUGCGCUUUUCAUAAACACGCAAAUUUUGAAGUUCAAAAGCCAACUGACGCUUGCGUUUUUCGUUGCCGUCAAUCAUCUUAGCGGACCUCUUUGGAAACAGAAGUUUACUUUAACGGGUUCAAAAGGUCACGAAUUGUGAUUUGUGAUUGGUGGAUUUCGAUCAGUUGUGUGUGUUUCUGUGUUUCAAGGUUCGUUGCUUGUGAUCGUAAUUAUGAUUGACGGCAGCGAAAAACGUAAUUGUGAAGGCGGCUUUUGAACUUCAGUUUUCGCGUGUUUUUGAAAAGCGCAACAAUUUCAUACCUGAAAAGUAGGGAAAACGUUCUGGUUUUGUGUUCGAUUCAUAUUUAAAAGACAAUGCAUUUGCAGCUGUUAGAAGGGAUGCAAAGUUCUAAACUAGGUAUGUGAAAAGGAUACCAUUUUUGUCAAAUAAGACGAAUGGAGUACCCUUUUUUUGUCAGAUGUUGUCUAUCAAGUGGGGAGGGGUGGACCUCGGGACGGAGCCUCCCCGCAUAAAACUUUGUUGGGUACCCCUCCCCCUCGGGUAUAAACCUACUUCACUGUUCCCUAAAUUUAUUCUAGGCAUAAUUUUUCCUCAUUCAUUCCAUGUGCUUUGCUUUCAUUAGGCUUUGGAGUGCAGACUUGAGGGCACUGAGCAGGUGGGUGAACAUUUUUUUCCUUGUUCAUUGAUUGUGAAUCCUUUUGAACCAAGUAUCAGCGUUCACUAUGCAUUUCCUUUGACAUUAAUAAGAUUUGUUUAAAGAGGCUACGUUCUGCUAUUUGCUAUAUUUCUAAAAAGCUAAAACGCAUCUUUGCAAUUCCAAAUGUAAUGGUCUAGUUUUGUUAUUCAAGGCUAUAAUAAUUAGGCGCUGAAAUUGCUUCCUGUAGCUGUUACUAAGGAUGGCUGAAACUUGAAAAAAGUGGGCCAACUUUUUCAGAUUCUAAUGCUGUGCCUCCAAAAAUUACCAAAAAGAUCGGUGUGGUUUGUGGUUCCUGAUGAAAUCUGUUUCAUAACUUUACAGGAGCAUUUUGUGUAUAACCAAAGGCACUAAGUAAUUGCUUUAGCACGGAAUUGGGGUGAUUUUCGUAUGACCUUGAAAUGAAAACGCGCGAACAAAACAGAAACAACAAACGAACGGAAAUAAAGCGAUUUGAUUGGUUUAUCGAACGGAUAUAAACGCGCGUUCCUUUGGGUUGGUUCAACCAACUCUCGGGUGAAAAAACUUCAUGCCCGAACAACUUUAUAGAAAUAAAUCGAUACCUCGCUUUGACGUCAUACUUCAACACGAUUGGCCAAUCGAACAAUACAUUCUCCAUAUUAGGAUUUUCUUUGGCGGGAAAACGAAGAGUCCAUGUUUUGAUCUUUUCAUCCAUUGGUUAAUAAUACAAAUAACGAACACUUACCGAAACCAUUUUUUAAGGUCAUACGAAAGUCGCUCUAAUAAAAAACGGCAAAAUUCAGGUGACAAAACCCCUAAACAAUCAAGGCCGUGUUUACUUGUUAACCAUCUCCUUUUUUCUCAUGACUGUUACGUUAACUAAGAGGAGAAAUUAACUGUUGUGCCCUCUAAGGGGUUAAUGGGUUAAAAUUUUUCGAAUGAUAGGGCAGGGAAUGGUCAACGUUAUUUAAUCACGCUAACCUAAUUCAUCAUAAGAACUGGUUUUCAGCAAGGGCGUGCCUCAAAAAUAUUUCUAAUUGCUUCCCCCCAAAACUCUAGAGACUUAACACUACGGUUUUAUUGAUCAUAAUGACGAAAGUUGAACAAGCGUGCUGAAUCUAAAUACGUACAAACGCCUAAAGCAGAAACUUAAGAGUAAGUGAAAGCGAAAAUGUAAUAACUAUUAUCACACAGAAUUGUUUUCCUAAUUCGACAAACACAGGAAUCUAUUUAAUGAAUUCUAAGGUUAAUUAAUGGUUUCAAUAAAAGAAGCUAGGAACUCCUUGGGGAAGCACCACUGUACCGCAGGCCGUUUUUUUUAGAGAUUGUAUCCUCGGUAGGGGAGUAGCAAUCUUAGUUGACGAGUGCCAGUCGCAUAGGAUUCCUUAAAAAUAAUAGUAAGUCGAGUUGGAUUUAAGCCAUUCAAAAUUUCAAACAUAACUCUUGCUUUGACUUCAUUGGCCGCUUUAGAAAACGUGAUAGAAACUGGGGCUAGUUAACUCUCGCAAAGACUUUUGGGACUGUUACUGGGGACAGUGGCAAAAAUUGGCCAAUUAAUAGCUGACGGACGCGUCCCCUGUAACGAUCCCAGAAGUCCUUGCGAAUUCUAACUCGUCCCAGGUUCCUUUUCGUUUCUAAAGUGGCAAAUUUCGCAAAGACCUCUGGGACUGUUACUGGGGACAGGGGUAAAAAUUGGCCAAUAGCUGACGGGCGCGUCCCCUGUAACUAUCCCAGAAGUCCUUGCGAAUUCUAACUCGUCCCAGGUUCCUUCUCGUUUCUAAAGUGGCGAAUUUUGCAAAGACUUCUGGGACUGUUGAUGGGGACAGACUUGCUACGCCCAAUUAGGUAAGUUUGUGACUGGUAUCUUUACUUCCUUUGUGUUUUACUCAACAGAAACCCUUAACAGAGGACCAAGCUAUUGAGAUAAUGGAAAGAAAUGUUCUGCUGGAGGUAUGUAUGGAGUAAUUUUUUUUAUUUUAUGGCUGAAACCGCGAGCGAGCAAGAUAAAGCCAAUCCUGUGUUCUGAUUGGGUACUCGAGCCAGCAAAAUGGCCUUAUCUUGCCCGCUGGGGAUUUCCCGGGUAGGUCCCUCACAUGGAUGUUGGCAUUGUUCGUUUUGGUGUUUUUUAUUGGUCCAUAAAUCGCAAAACUUAGUCAGCUGAGCUUUUAGUUAAGACACGGACGGAUGGUAAGAGUAGAAAUACUGGUUAUAAACUUUCAUUUUGUUUAUUUGUUUGUUUUAGGUGGUAGAGGGGUCAGAUGUACCAAUAGUAAGGUUAUUCAUCCCCUCAGAGGAGGAUGAACAGGCACUGGUAAACUUAGGGGAGCUUAUUGGAGUGGAAACUAAGAGAGCAACAGAGACUCAAGACGCUUUGCCUUCUAAUGGGUUUGUACUGUUCUCAACUGAACUAAAUGUUCAAUUAAUAGUGUUUUCGUAUUACGUCACGGCGGCCAUAUUGGUGUCCCAAAACAAUGAAACGGCGGCCACGUUGUGGGAGUUGAACUCGUUUCUUAUGCGAAUGAUUUAUUCAAUAAAUUUGCAUAGAUGCUGGCCACGUGAGUGGAAACGCUCUAUUACAAGAGUGCGCGCUUGCCAUUUUCCAGAACUGGCCGGGAAGACCAGGCCAUGAUAAGCACGACAGUGAUGGGUUUUUUCGCACCCUGCGAGUAGAUCUUCCUUUUGCCUUUUUCAGUGAGGCGAAUAAAAGGAGGCUUUACCAGAAUUGCGUCAAACCUUUGAGGUCGCCGCAGCCAAACUUCUGGACCAGUCAAUCUUGCUUUCUCUCGUCAAACUGUUUUUUCGAGUGCGAGCAUCUGUUUAUUGAUAAACCGAUGGUCAUUACCGAGCCCGUUGCAGUAGGCGUACGGGUAUUAGGUCUGGGUUCGAAACUGUAUCCUAGCAACUUGCAGUGCAUGCUCAACAAAGAUCUCACUCGAUCCAAGCAGAGUCUUUCUCGAGUGCGUCAAAAUCGAGCAAGCAAAAAGAAGGCUUCGCUGGCAGGAUGUCGCGAAAACUCUCAAUAACGUCCAUUACAGUUUCAAAAUGACCAUUCCUGCCGCCUAGUUUUGUCUUUUUGGUGAGGACCCUAAGAUUCAUCCUGUAUUCGUAGUGGCUGAAUAGUAAACCAGGAGCUUUUUCAUUUCCUGCUUUGCUCAAAGCUGUGUUGAACAAGAAAUUAUUUGGCCUUGUAUACUGCUGAUUUACUCAAGGUUUGCUUUCUUGUGCAAGAGCUAUUCCUCAGAAGGUUCAGAACCAUUUUUUGAACACGUUACAAGUUCUAAUAUUUCUAAUUAUGGCAAAUCGCAAAGCCUUAUGAAAUCACAUUGAAAGCACUUUGACGACAGUCAGGUCGUACUUACUUGACCGACCUUUCGCCAGUGCGAAAUGUCGCUCUUACGAAAUUCCGUUUCUAUAAACCAGGCGUAAUAUUGUCGGCAUGUCCACUAAAUUACGCUUCAUUCAACGAAAGUUCGCGGGCCCUUAAGUGAAAUUUCGUUGCGAAAUUUCGGCGAACUGACUGGACAAAAUUCAGCGAACUUCGCUCUCAUUACUUUUGCAUGUACUGAACUCCUCAAGGUUAAAGUCUCUCCAAUCGAGAUACUGCAAACCUUUUGCGUUUGUUUGCGUCGUAUUUGUAAACCCGCCUUAUAAAUCAUGAUGAUGGCUAUUUUGUACCAGAAACGAUGACGCUGUCUCAGAAUCUCUUGAUGACGCUGGUUCAGUGGACGGCGAUAGUGUGACGUCAGAGAGCUCAUCAGAAUCUAGCAAGUCCCCGGAUGAAGCUGAGAAGCUGUCCUCUGGAGUGCCUUCAGCUAUAGAUUUGUCCAAACCCUGGGUGGAUAUAUCCCUUCUAGAAUGUGAAGGCCCCGGUCUUUUUAUGGUGAGAAAAGGAUGACGAACUGUAGAAAUCUUCCGCAUGCUUUUUACUCUUUAUACUGCGAUUUCAAAUUCAGUGAAAUGUCGGUUUGAUUUAAUGUUGUUCUCUUCUUUGCAGUUUCAAUGUUUGGAGUUACUUCAGCAACAUGAGGAGCUUGAAGAAAAAAUACAAGAAUAUUAUACGGUAUGUACUCAGCUGGAAUAAGACAUAACUUUCCCGCCUGUCUUUUAGUCUCUUAGAUUUGUCUUGAGGUAGUUUCCGAGUAAGCUCUCUUAAAGCGUGCAGGUGGGGGGUGGGGUGGUAGGGAGCACUAGGUUGCUUACCUUUUACUUAAACCACCCGGGUGGAAAUCUUGUGCAUAAACAUCAAACUAUAAAAUUUGACCCGGAGCGAGAACGAAGCGCUGCAAAGUACAUCUAACUCUGCUGAACAGACUAAAAGAAGUGAAAGAAUUGCAUCUCCUCUAAUCACAGCCCAUGUUUUCUGAGGCUUUCCAAACCGAAUUGGGCCAACCAUUUGAUUUUCCCCCCGGAAUUUCCGGUUUUCUCAUGUAAAUGCGAACUGCCCCUAGAGAAGCGGGAUCUAAAGCGGACGCGCGCAGCGAGGGAAUUUACGCACUUCCCUAAUUUCUCGCGCGACCACGCGCUUAAUUGGGGAGGUUGAUCGCUGCUUAGCUCUCAGGCCAAGGCGACCGUAUUUUCGUAAGCUUUUCGUAACUUCUUUUUGUUAGUUAUAUAGACCUUGUGUCGUAUGGUCAUGACAGAAGUCAACUAAUAAAAGACCUCUAUCUUACUAUUAAUUUACUUUUUAAAACACCUGCAUUUAUUGUAACACCGUAACAUAAUUCUAAUGACAUCUGGAUCAGAGACCCUUAAUAAAACUCAGUAUUCAAGUAAAAUGGUGUGUUUUUGGUAAGAGAUAUUAUUCCUCGUGACAUUUGUAUGAUAGGGUUAGUUUAUCGUUUAUCGUAACUUUGUUAUUGAUCGCACAACAAAUACACACCAUUGUUCGCCCGAUGAAGACCCGCAGUACGCGGUGGAAACGUCGCGAUCAACAACACAGUCGUUAGUUUUUGUGUCAAGAAAAUCAACCGUCAGAUAAUUUACUUUGUAUUGUAUUUGACAAUAUAAAAGUGAAUUUUUUUUACUCGUAACGGUUAAAGGGUCAGUGUUGUCCGCCAUUGUUUUCUAUUGCUCAAUUGCUUUGCAUUGCCUUCACAGAACAAAGUGAGAACUCCUUUUAGAGAGAUCAAACCGGGUGUGCUGUGUGGUGUGCUAAAUACAGAAGAUAACACUUGGUAUAGAGCAGUGAUAAAGACUCUUCUGUCUCCACAGCAGGUAUGUAAAUUACUCUUGCCUGCGUAACAAGCCUUUCCGCGCGAGUUCGUCGAGAAAGUUAGGACGAGAGCAAAAAAGAGGAAUUAAGGGGGAGGGGGAGUGGAGUGAGCUCCCCUCCCCCUUCUUCCAUUUUUGUUUUGCUCUCGUUCCAACUUUCGCGCAAUAACUCGAUCGGAAACGCUUGCUACGCAGGAUAGUAUUGGUCUUAGUGAAAACAUGUAACACUUGAAUGGCUAGUCUGAGGGAUCAAUUAAAUUUUUAGAAAGAGCGGUGUAUUCUUAAGAAAUUUAUGACAUAUUUCUUUGUUUCUCGAUAGAUCUGUGUAAGGUUUGCUGAUUAUGGAGAUUUUGGUAUCGUGCCAUCCUCCAAUAUUCAAGCAUUACCUGACGAGUUUAGACAGCUCCCACAUAUGGCUGUGCAAGGAUGUCUUCACGGUAUGCAUCAGAGCGGUUCGCUGUUAUUUUUUCUCCCGGUUGAGAUUGAAAGCAGUUUGAGUGUAGUGAAGAAAAACAAAAUAGUCAAUUUUAGCCAAUCACAACUCUAGGUGACAAUGAAAGGAACCAAUCAGAUCUUGAGACGUGAUCGUGUCGCCGGCUAAAGCGCGGGAAAACGCUCGCCAUCAAGUCAGUGAUUGUUUGGUCUCAGUUCUGAUUGGUUGAGAAAAUGGCGUGAGAUUUUUCAACCAAUCACAAAGCUUAACAAUAUCAAAUCAAAUCACAUUCAACUUUCAUUUGAAAAUCGUUCUUGAAUCAAAGUCAAGAGUCUUUGUUAAUCGUAACAUGCGUGGCCUAUACUGCAAACAAAACAGAACUUAUUGUUUCUUGCAAAUUUGAAAAGGCUGAAGUUACUGGGGUCGCACAGUGUUUUUGUCUCAACGCGCACACUGUGACUAAGAACUCGACUGAUAUAUGAGAGAAAAGGCGGACUGCAAGAGGUCUAAGAAAGACUGAACGGGUUAGAAUUGUUGUUCAUUUAUUUUCCCUGGCAGGAGUGGAGCCAGUAGGAGCUGACGACUUAGCAGAGUGGUCAGAGGAUGCUAUUCGGCGGUUUGUGGAACUUACAGGCGAUAAAAAGUUAGUUGCGAAGCCUAAGGGCGUAGUGACUUAUAACCGCUCCACGAACGAAGAGACUAAAAUAUCGCUUGAACUUUACGACACGUCUGGAGUCAAUGAAGAUGUAAGAAUCGCUGAUGUGUUGGUCAGUGAAGGACUAGCAAGAAAAAUCAACGAGAGUUGAAGGCUGAAGGGUUAGCGCCAUGGCAUCAUCAAACAAAAAGGCGGUGAAGAAAGCGUGGAAAGAUAAACAACUAAAGCCAUAAAGAAAAAUAGAGCUUUAAGAAGAAACACUGUGAAGUACAACCAUUUUGUAAGUUCAUGUAUGUGAGGAAGUGUAAUGGCAAAUUACAAGGCUCUGGCUUGUUUGCUAAACAGUUGCUCUGCUGACGUAAAGAAGAGAAUUACACAUGCCAGGAUGGUGUAUUUAAAGAUAAGACGGACGAGCUUUUCGCUCGCUUAUCACGCGUCGUUUGCCUUGCGAAAGUCUCCUUCGCAAUCAUUAUUUGUGCCACGCAAUAUUUCUUUAUACGCACAGGUACAGGUGUUCCUAACCCACACGAAAUUAUGUCACGUUCUGGG